UAAUCUGUUAAGUAUGAUGAUGGGGAGCCGGAUUUUUAAAAUUAACAUACAGGACAGGAAAAGGACUGAUACUGCAGAAAUUAAACAUGAAGAGAACACCCUGUUAAACUAGGGAGUAAUUGGGGCUGCUUUCUAUUGGGAUUUUGUGACCCAUUCUUAGGAAAUUUAAGGUUUGUGUUUGGUUAAAUUACUAUUUUGUCCAAAAGAAAGGCAGCAAUAAUACAUUAUUAAUAAGUAACAUAUUUCGCCUUGAAAUAGAGCACACCCUUUCACCCUAAUUGAACAGUUUGAAACUUGCUGAAGAUUAUUUAUAAAGUUGUCAAUAGUAGAAAUAAUAGCAUGGUUUGUUGAUCAUGUGAUGCUAUGAUUCUUUCCGAGGUACCACACCUGUUGGUGUUCAGAUGGAGCAGCCCACUAGUCAUCCUACUAACAGAAAAGCCAGUUUCCCAGGGUUCCUGACCAUCCCAGCCAUAUUCUUACUUCCUUGCCUUUGCUCAUGCUGUCCUCCUUCUCCACAUUUGGAAAGUGUUUUCUGCUCAUCAAAAACUUCCCAAGUUUUCAAGCCAAAGAGGAAGGUGGUGCUGUACCACUUUGUCGAGCCAAACCCUCCCCCAGCUAUAUUAAUCUUCAAACAAAUUCCCCAACUGCUUUCCUGAACAUCCAGACAACAGAGCUGUUCUCAGGAGUUGACUGCAAGCCCAAGGAAUGCUUAGGGCUCCUAGAAUGUAUGUAUGCCAAUCUCCAGCUUCAGACCCAGCUUGCCAAGCAACAGAUGGCCAUUUUGGAAAAUUUACAAGCAUCCAUGGCACAACUGGCUCCUCUGAAGGAAAGCAAGAACUCCUCUCUCCCAGCUGUACCUUGUAAUCUGUUGUUAAAUCAUCUGCCCCAGUUCAGUAAAUGAAUUGUGGAAAAAGUUA